AGCUCAUCGCCUCCCUCAUCAACACCGCCGGCGAGCAGCCGCUUCCCCGACCCCUGGCUGCCAUUGUGGUGUGGCUGCUCAGCCGACCGGAAGUCAUUGGCUCUGUACCUUUCGCCCUGCUGGAACGGCUCGUGUCGCGCAGUUUGUCGUGUUACGAGGACGUGUUGAUGCUGCCAGAUGACAUCGCGUUGGGGCUGCGGGGGCGGCUGCAGCUGGCGAACAGCGGGGCGUCUCCGUUGGGGCUGACACAGCUGCUGCGGCGGUGCGGCGCGAGUGCUGCAUUUUCGCAGGAGAUGAUUGUGGGCGAGUAUUCGUACCGGAAAGUGGCUACGAUGGGCAUGUCGGAGGCGGUGCGGGUGCUUCGCGAAAUAUACGAGUCGGGUUUGGUGGAUCGUGCCGUGUCACAUCCCCGCCCAACGCUUGCCUCCGGGGUCGAGCAAAUCGCUCGGGGGGCUUUCAUAAACACUUUUGGGCACAGCGUGCUCAACUCCGCACACCUGCCUCAGGCGCUGGAGGCCAUGAAGCAGACGCGGUUGCUCGAAAACAGGUUCAACGACAUGGGCGGCUGGAGCCACAGGAACAACAUCAUUUUGCGGGCCUCCAUCGGGGAGUCACAGGCCUCGAUGCGCAAACCGAACUUCGUGACUUCAGCGCAAGACACCAACAUGUUGUGGGACUUCUUGGACGCGCUGUGUGAUAUCGGACCUGCAAUGGUCACGCGCGAGUUCCUGCGCUACCAAUUGGCUCCCAAGGUUCAAGUGGAGGGCGUUUGGGAGGUCCGGUGGGAUGGGCCCGAGCCCCAAGAAGAAGGAGACGAAGGAGGAGACGAAGGAGAAGAAGUUGAAGGAGCAGAGCAACCGCAAGCGAACACAGGAUGUGCCGCUGUUACGCCGGAGCAAGCGGGCACAUCAGGUGAUGUUGUCGCCACUGCUGGUGCUGCUGCUGGUGCGGAUGCGGCUGCUGGUGCGGAUGCGGCUGCUGGUGCCGAUGCGGCUGCUGGUGCCGAUGCGGCUGCUGGUGCCGAUGCGGCUGCUGCUGCUGCUGCUAAGCAUGACGACGAUAAAGGUGGUCCUGCUGUGUAUUUCAACACCAAGGAUAACGUGUGUCGGGUUCCUUCCCAGGAGUGGCAGGACUUGUGGACCGUCCUCCAGGCCAGUAUUGAGAGAUCCAGCAUCUACCUCCUCCGCAGCAGCGAGGCCCUCAACUUGGUGCACUACCUGUGGACCGGUACGACAUUGGACAGGGUGCCAAACCGCCUAACAGCGUCAACAAUCAACGCAGUCAUUGCCGCCGUAGCUUCCAC